AUGGCUUCCUUAGUAGUUUCUUCAGGUUUAAACGCAAAAGCUCCCGAAUUUCACCCAAGCUACCAAGUUCAAAAACUAUGCCCUCCAUUCCUCACUUUCACACCUCUCACACAUCCACCUUCUGACCCUUUUUUCUAUUACCAUCCCACUGCCACAAAACAUCAUUUUCACUCAACAACUUACUUUUCCUUUCGCUUUCAUGCAAACCACCCUCUCACCACCGCAACUCCCACUUUUCCACCAUCUAAACUUAUGAAGAAAGAAAUUGCGGUGGAUGGUACUGAUUCUAAACAGGUUUUUGAAGACCGUCGUUCUCAUGGAUUGAGAAUCCCAAAGCUUGCGUGGAGGAAGAAGGAAGUAGCUGUUGCUGAAAAAGAACCUGAACAUAAGAACAGAAAACAUGUUAAUAUUCAUGAACUACAACACUCUAGGUCGUCUUCCACCGACCGGAAGAAUAAAGGUAGCGGUUUUCCUGUGGUUCCGGUUCGUCCCGAUGGAGAUGAAACAACUGUUAUGAUCAAAAACAUUCCUAGCAAAUACACUCGAGACAUGAUAGUCAAGUUCUUGGAGAACCAUUGCAUGGUUGAAAAUGCUAAAGAUCAAGAGAAUGGACAAGAAAACACUCUCGCCUUCGAUUUUGUCUAUUUGCCGAUAGAUUUCAGAACUGGUUUGAACAAAGGAUACGCUUUUGUAAAUUUCACAAAGGCUAGUGCAGCUUGGAGAUUUCUUGUGACAGCAUCGAAUCAGAAAUGGGAAUUGUUCCUUUCCCACAAGAUACGUGAUGUCGUUGCCGCACGCCUCCAGGGAAAAGAGAAACUGGAGAAACACUUCUUUAGUGUGAAUUUUCCCUGCAAGUCCGAGGAAGUUCUGCCAUUGUGCUUUAGUCCACCUCGGGAUGGUGAAAUGACAGGAAACCAACGGACACUGGGGAGGCUUCUCUACAAGUCUCACUAG